AUGGCGAACAUCGCCAUGACUGGUAUACUGGAGAAGAUGACGGGGAAGGAUAAGGAUUAUAGAUACAUGGCGACAUCGGAUUUGUUGAACGAAUUAAAUAAAGACAAUUUUAAAGCUGAUUCUGAUCUAGAGAUAAAGUUGUCGAAUAUUAUUAUUCAGCAACUCGAUGAUGUUGCCGGCGAUGUAUCUGGAUUGGCUGUCAAAUGUCUUGCUCCAUUAGUUAAGAAGGUCAGCGAGCCACGAGUUGUGGAGAUGACAAAUAAACUUUGUGAAAAGUUGCUAAAGGAGAAGGAUCAACAUCGUGACAUUGCCAGCAUAGCUAUGAAGGCUAUUGUUGCAGAAGUCUCUACUCAAUCACUUGCGCAGUCUAUUCUUGUUGCUAUUUUACCUCAGUUGAUUAGAGGAAUUACUGCCCCGGGAAUGAGCACAGAGAUAAAAUGUGAAUGUCUUGAUAUCUUAUGUGAAGUCCUUCAUAAGUUUGGCAAUCUUAUGGCUACCGACCAUGAGCUGCUAUUAGGUGCUCUCUUGUCUCAGUUGAGUUCCAAUCAAGCCAGCGUGAGGAAGAGAACUGUGUCAUGCAUUGCAUCACUUGCUUCAAGCUUGUCAGACGAUUUGUUGGCAAAGGCUACUGGUGAAGUUGUUCAGAACUUGAGAAAUAAAGGCACAAAGUCUGAAAUGACUCGUACAAAUAUUCAGAUGAUUGGUGCUUUAAGUCGUGCUGUUGGCUAUCGUUUUGGACCCCAUCUUGCUGACACUGUUCCAGUGCUUAUCAAUUACUGCACAAGUGCAUCUGAGAAUGAUGAAGAGCUUCGUGAGUACAGCUUGCAGGCACUAGAGAGUUUUCUGCUUAGGUGUCCCAGGGAUAUUUCUUCCUAUUGUGAUGAAAUACUUCAUCUCAACUUGGAGUAUCUGAGUUACGACCCAAACUUCACAGAUAACAUGGAAGAGGAUACUGAUGAUGAAACUCUUGAGGAGGAGGAAGAUGAUGAGAGUGCGAACGAAUAUACAGAUGAUGAAGAUGUCAGUUGGAAAGUCCGAAGAGCAGCAGCUAAAUGCUUAGCAGCAUUAAUUGUAUCUCGUCCUGAGAUGCUUGCUAAGCUGUAUGAGGAGGCUUGUCCAAAAUUAAUCGAGAGGUUUAAAGAGAGGGAAGAGAAUGUCAAGAUGGAUGUUUUCAAUACUUUUACAGAGCUCUUGCAGCAAACUGGAAAUGUCACAAAGGGCCAGAUUGACAUUAAUGAACAGAGUCCAAGAUGGUUAUUGAAGCAAGAAGUGCCAAAGAUUGUCAGAUCUAUUAACAGGCAACUACGUGAGAAAUCUAUCAAGACGAAGGUUGGUGCAUUUUCUGUUUUGAAAGAACUUGUGGUGGUUUUGCCAGAUUGCCUGGCAGAUCAAAUUGGCUCGCUCAUUCCAGGAAUUGAAAAAGCGUUAAGUGACAAGUCCUCUACCUCAAAUUUGAAGAUUGAAGCUCUUAUAUUUACAAGAUUAGUGCUGGCUUCACAUUCUCCUUCUGUUUUUCAUCCUUACAUCAAGGCUCUCUCUAGUCCUGUUUUAUCUGCCGUGGCAGAGCGUUACUACAAAGUCACAGCUGAAGCACUUAGGGUCUGUGGUGAACUUGUGCGUGUUGUUCGCCCAAAUAUUGAGGGGACUGGUUUUGAUUUCAAACCGUAUGUUCAACCAAUAUAUAAGGCAAUUAUGUCCCGCUUGACAAACCAAGAUCAAGAUCAGGAGGUGAAAGAAUGUGCUAUAUCUUGCAUGGGACUACUUGUGUCGACAUUUGGUGAUAACCUCAAUGCUGAAUUAUCUGUGUGCCUUCCUGUACUGGUUGAUCGGAUGGGAAAUGAGAUCACUCGACUUACAGCAGUGAAGGCAUUUGCUGUCAUUGCUUCUUCCCCAUUGCGGAUAGACCUGUCUUGUGUUUUGGAUCAAGUAAUAGCAGAGUUGACUGCAUUCUUAAGAAAGGCUAAUCGGCCUCUGAGGCAGGCAACACUGGGAACCCUGAAUUCCCUAAUUGUUGCCUAUGGUGAUAAAAUUGGUCCAUCAGCUUAUGAAGUUAUUAUUGUAGAACUUGCAACACUGAUAAGUGAUUCAGACUUGCGUAUGACGGCUCUUGCCCUAGAACUUUGCUGCACCUUGAUGGCCGACAGGUCAAGCCUAGUUGUUGGUUUGGCUGUUAGAAAUAAAGUUCUUCCACAAGCCCUAACAUUAAUUAAAAGCUCACUGCUGCAGGGGUCAGCUCUAUUGGCGUUACAAAACUUCUUUGCUUCCUUGGUGUAUUCUGCAAACACAAGUUUUGAUGCCUUACUGGACUCUCUUCUUUCAAGCGCUAAACCGUCACCUCAGUCUGGUGGGGUUGCAAAACAAGCUCUAUAUUCAAUAGCUCAAUGUGUGGCUGUCCUUUGUCUUGCUGCUGGUGAUCAGAAAUGUUCAUCUACAGUGAAGAUGCUUACCGAAAUCCUCAAACAUGACAGCAGUACAAACUCCGCUAAGCAACAUCUUGCAUUGCUAUGUCUAGGGGAGAUUGGGAGAAGGAAAGAUCUAAGCUCUCAUGCGCAUAUUGAGAAUAUUGUCAUCGAGUCGUUUCAGUCUCCUUUCGAGGAGAUUAAGUCUGCAGCCUCCUAUGCUCUUGGCAAUAUUGCAGUUGGUAACCUAUUCAAAUAUUUGCCUUUUAUCUUGGACCAGAUUGACAAUCAGCAGAAAAAACAGUAUCUCUUGCUUCAUUCUUUAAAGGAGGUCAUAGUAAGGCAAUCUGUAGACAAAGCUGAGUUUCAGGACACUAGUGUUGAAAAAAUACUCAAUUUACUUUUUAAUCACUGUGAAAGUGAGGAAGAGGGUGUUCGCAAUGUGGUGGCUGAAUGUCUGGGUAAAAUUGCACUUAUUGAACCUGCAAAACUGGUUCCCGCACUCAAGGUGCGCACAACCAGCCCAGCUGCUUUCACAAGAGCUACGGUUGUCAUUGCAGUUAAGUAUUCAGUAGUAGAGAGGCCAGAGAAGAUAGACGAGAUCUUAUAUCCUGAAAUCUCAUCUUUCUUGAUGCUUAUUAAGGAUCAUGACCGGCAUGUCAGGCGUGCAGCUGUGUUGGCUUUAAGCACAUUCGCUCAUAAUAAGCCAAACCUCAUCAAGGGGCUUCUGCCGGAGUUGUUGCCACUUCUUUAUGAUCAGACUGUUAUCAAGAAAGAAUUGAUCAGGACUGUUGAUCUCGGUCCUUUUAAGCACAUUGUGGAUGAUGGGCUUGAGUUAAGGAAGGCUGCAUUUGAAUGUGUGGAUACUUUACUAGACAGUUGUCUUGACCAAGUGAAUCCUUCAUCAUUUAUUGUUCCUUACCUCAAAUCUGGUCUUGAUGAUCAUUAUGAUGUUAAGAUGCCUUGCCAUCUUAUCCUCUCAAAGCUUGCAGACAAGUGUCCAUCAGCUGUACUAGCAGUAUUGGAUUCAUUGGUGGAUCAUCUCCAAAAAACCAUCAACUUUAAGCCAAAGCAAGAUGCUGUAAAGCAAGAAGUAGAUCGCAAUGAAGACAUGAUCCGCAGCGCUCUAAGAACAAUUGCCUCCUUGCAUCGUAUAAGCGGGGGAGAUUGCAGCAUUAAGUUCAAGAACCUUACAAAUGAAAUAGCAAAAUCUCCUGCGCUAUGGGACAAGUAUUGCUCCAUCAGAAAUGAAUGAUGGACUAAUUGAAAUUCUCCUGUGUCCUGCUGCAAUUAAUGAGAAGGAUUGUAUCAUCAUUCUACAUCUUUGAUUCAAGUUAUCGGUAGCAUACAAAAA